ACCACUUCCGCCCGGCCGCUCCCGUCCCUUCCUGCCCGUGGCUGCGGGGGUGGCCCGGGAGCGGCCCCCGCCCGGCCCCGGUGCGGCGGGCCCGGGAGUGCCGGUGGGGCCGGCUUUCUCGGGGCCGUGUAGGGCGAGAGGAUGUCCCGGGUGCCCGUGGGGAAGGUGCUGCUGCGGAACGUCAUCCGGCACACGGGCGCGCACAACAAGAUUCAGGAGGAGACAGAAAUGUGGAAAAUAAGGGAGUGGGAGAAGCAGACAGAAGAGACGUACUGGAGAAGGCAAAGCAGGAUGCUGUCGGACACCUCCAGCAGUCGGAUGCGCAGCGAUGGCUUUGAUGAGGACGGCUACAGGGCUGACUGGAAAACAAGGAACUCUCAAUUUCUCGAUUCAGUCGACGAUGAUCUCCUUAGGGCCCGAUCCUGGAAUAAAAAGCUGUAUGAAUGUGAAGCCAACAUGCCAGACAGGUGGGGUCACAGUGGCUAUAAAGAGUUGUACCCUGAAGAAUUCGAUACGGAUAGUGACCAGCAAGAAGGAGAUCAACAAAAUGCUAUGAAUGGGAAGAAGAAAUCUCACCUGGGAAAGCAAACUGCCCGCGAGUCACACAAACGGAAAAAAACAAAGAAGUCGCACAAGAAGAAACAAAAGAAGCGAUCGCACAAAAAGCGAAAGAAAAAGAAAAAGGAGCAGGGGAGAACAUCAUCAGAUUCUUCCCAGGAGACUGAGCGCUCAGAAGAGGAGACUUCGAGUACCUGGAAAGGGAAACACAAGCGCAAGAAAAAGACCAAGAAAGUGCCUCCCAGGGAACCCACCUCUUCUGGGCAGGAAACAGACUUUUCUCAUGCAAGCAGCUCAACCACCAGCAGCUCUGAGGACAGUGAAUCUGAGGAGAAAAAAGAUAAACGGCCCCCCAAAAAGAGAAAGAAACGUCACAAUUCUGUGUCAGAGAGGCACAGUGAAGUACCAGAGAAGAAGAACAAGAGGAAGAACUGGAAAGUGGCCGCUGAUGAAAAAUCAGAGGAUAGCUCAGAUGAGGACUGAUGAGUCUAGGCUGCAGCUCAAACCAUAAGGUAGAGGACAGAGGCGGGUAUUUACCUUUCAGCACUGCCCUAUGGUACAACUUACUACAACACUGUGGUUUAUAUACAUCCUGCCAGCCCACGGGGGGAAACUGAGCCUUGGCAGCCUGCAGUAGGUACCCCUUGGUUUUCAUUCACUUGACAUUCAGAAAACCAGGGGAGCAGUUACCCAUCUGACAGGCCAACUUCAGAUUCUUUUUCUGUGCCCAGGUACACAAAAAUGUAACAGGCUGCUGCACGGGGAAAACAGGCAUGUUUGUACUGUUAUGGUUUUUUAAAUUACGUUUUAACAUAUUGCUUUGUUGGGUUACCAAAUCAAUGACCAAGACUUGCAAUAGGAGAGGGGAGAGAUAAAAGUCACAACAGAGGAAAUGUCGCUGGAUUUCACCCUGUGGUGGUUUUGUCUUCCCAUCCUCCAUCCAAAGACCUGUGUGGCGGCACGCACACGGUCAGCUGGACGCAGAAGGGGUCAGGAGGGAAUACUCUCAGUCCAGCUGAAGGUGCAGUGAGUCCUUCCAUAAUGAUGAAGAAAAGAUACCAAUGCGUUGCCUUGUUUUAGAUCUCUCUCCAAGCCCUGGCACGGGCUGGCUGGUGUGUCUACCUUUCCUGAGACCGAUGGUGCUGACAGAAGCCUUGGUGGGUGUUGUGUUCUGUCUCCGGUCUGCCCAAUGUAUUACUGGAGAAAUUGGUAUUGGGCCGUUCUCCCUGCAGCUGAACAGCCAAGUCCUUUAACAAAAUAAAUAAAUCCAGACAUGUUA